AGGGCGCGGCGCUGAGGCCGCCCGCCGGGGGCGCAGCGCGCACGGAGCCCCGGCCCGAAGUUGGAGCGACGCGAAGCGGGGGAGCGCACGGGAGCCCGGCCGGCGGCAGCUCCGGGCAACACAGGCGGAGCCCGCGCACGGUCAGGGGCAGCCAGCCGGGACUGAACCCUAGGGCCCAGCAGUCGGCUCUCAGCUGCCCCCGGGCGCCUUCACUCGGCUCCUCUGCCUCAGCCUGACCAAUGUCCACGAGGGAGCAGCCUCUCUUCAGCACUCGGGCCCAUGUCUUCCAAAUUGACCCAGCGACCAAACGGAAUUGGAUCCCUGCGGGCAAACAUGCCCUUACUGUCUCCUACUUUUAUGAUGCCACCCGGAAUGUGUACCGAAUCAUCAGUGUGGGCGGGACCAAGGCCAUCAUUAACAGCACCGUCACCCCCAACAUGACCUUUACCAAGACAUCACAGAAGUUUGGGCAGUGGGCAGACAGUCGAGCCAACACGGUCUAUGGGCUGGGCUUUGCUUCUGAGCAGCAUCUGUCUCAGUUUGCAGAGAAGUUCCAGGAGGUGAAGGAGGCCGCCCGGCUGGCCCGGGAGAAGUCUCAGGAUGGUGGGGAGCUCACCACCCCAGCCCUUGGCCUUUCUUCCCACCAGGUGCCCCCAAGCCCCCUGAUUGGCACCAAUGGCCCUGGGGAUGAGAAGCUGUUCCGAAGUCAGAGUGCCGAUGGCCCGGGCCCCACCGAGCGGGAGCGGCUCAAAAAGAUGCUGUCAGAGGGCUCCGUGGGUGAGGUGCAGUGGGAAGCAGAGUUCUUCACCCUUCAGGACAAUAACAACAAGCUGGUGGCCGCCCUCCGUGAGGCCAAUACCAAUGUGGAACGAUGGAAGGAGCAGCUGGAGGCUUAUCAGGAGGAGACAGAGCGGCUUCGACUGCGGGUGGCUGAGCUAGAGGCCCAGGGGCCCUCGGAGACCCCUGGGGAGAGCGGGAAGGACGGGCUGAGCCAGAGGCUGGAGGAGUUGGAGGUGCUGAUUAAGACCAAGGAUGAGGAGAUCCAGAUAUUGAAGAGCCAGAAGGGCAGCCACCGGGAAGCAGAGAGCGAACGGGAGCGGGAGGAGGCCCUGCAGAAACUCCAGGAGCUAGAGAGCCGGUACACGGAGAUGGAGCGGCAGCUCCAAGGCACCCAGCGCAGCCUGGAGGAGGCUCGAGGAGAACGGGAGCGUGCCCGGGCCGAGGUGCUCAGGGCUACUGAGCUCUUGGAUGUCAAGAUCUGUGAGCUGAGCGAGCUGCGCCAGGGCCUGGCCCGGCUGGCUGAUGGUGCCCCAUGACGGGUGUUCAUGGGAUGGGGCGGCUGGGCCAAGGGUGGGAGGGCCUGGAUGCUUUCCUUAGCCUUCAAACCUGGCCAAGAUGGGGUCUGUGGUGGCUAAUGGGGCAUGGCUUUUGUAGGGGGUGGGACAUUUGCAAUUUUUUUCCAGUAGUUUUCUAUUUAAAGCAAUCCUUCCCUCAGCCCCCUCCAACUCCUGGUGGGAUACUGGAUUCAGGGAGCUCCAGCCCCAUCCAGCCAGGCCUGACUGCCUUUAGGCAUCUGAGUCACGGGAGGAGGAGGAGGAGGAGGAAAGACUUCCCAGGCCGGAAGCUGGGCUCUGACUCAGGCCCUCAGGCUGGGGCAUGUCCAGAUGGGCUGUGGUUGGGGGGGGGGGGGAGGAGGAGGAGGUAACCUUGAACUCCUUAGAGCUUUGGCCCCUCCCAGGAAGAGAGGCAGGAACCCAGUUCACCCCACAUCUUCCUCCAGUUCUGACUGCCCUAGAAAUGGCCAUUCCCCUAAAGCUGGCAUGAAGGGGAUGCCCCGGGCUGGAUAUUAAAUGUCCCCAGUGAGGGGCAGGUCCCUAAUUCUAGCUCCUCUCCCCAUUAGUUAGGGUGGUCUGAGGGACCCAGGCAGUACUGCUGCUGGGAGGAGCAGCUGGCUUCCUCUUCUAGUCCACAUGGAAGGGGAAGGGGUGGGCACGGGGAGGGGAGAUGCCAGGGAAGACAGUUGUGGUGGGGGAGGGUUCAUUUGUGAGACUUCGAAUUUGUAGUUUUUUUAGUAUCUGGGCAAUGACUGUCCAGGGAAAUUAAAUUUCUAAACUUCC